GUCGGCUGGCAGUCAGGCAGUCAGUCGGGCAGUCAGGCAGGCAGACAGGUGACGGCCACAGUCAAGCUGCUGCCUCCUAUGUGAAAAGAAGCGGUGACAAGAGGGACUGUGUAUAACCGUGAAGGAGUCCGAGCACACCAAGAUCACAGAGAGACAGAGACACACACUCCGAGUCCAUCGCUUCUUUUAGCAGAGGCUCAGCGGACGCAGAUAUGGCGAACAUCGCGGUGCAGCGAAUCAAGCGCGAGUUCAAAGAAGUUCUCAAAAGCGAAGAGACAAGUAAAAAUCAGAUAAAAGUAGAUUUGGUUGAUGAGAACUUCACAGAACUGAGAGGAGAGAUAGCAGGUCCACCAGAUACACCAUAUGAAGGCGGCAGGUAUCAGCUUGAAAUAAAAAUCCCAGAAACGUAUCCCUUUAACCCACCAAAGGUUCGAUUCAUCACUAAGAUCUGGCACCCAAACAUCAGUUCUGUGACGGGAGCGAUAUGUCUGGAUAUUUUAAAAGAUCAGUGGGCAGCGGCCAUGACACUGCGGACGGUGCUAUUAUCUCUACAGGCUCUCCUCGCUGCAGCUGAACCUGACGACCCACAGGAUGCAGUAGUAGCCAAUCAGUAUAAGCAGAAUCCAGAAAUGUUCAAACAGACUGCAACGCUUUGGUCUCAUGUCUACGCUGGCGCUCCUGGCUCUAGUCUUGACUACACACGUAAAAUAGACAAACUCUGUGCCAUGGGCUUCGAUAAGAAUGCAGUAAUAGCAGCAUUGUCUUCAAAAUCCUGGGACGUGGAAACGGCAACAGAGCUGCUCCUCAGCAACUGAGACGCAGCCCAGGUGUGAGGAUCCCAAACCGACUCCCUCCAUCACAGCAUCAGCUCCUCACCACCACAUUCCACCAAACUGCCUUCUGUUCACCACGGCAGUCCACUGAGCCUUGUCCAAUAACAAGUCUGUUUGCUACAACCUCCACACCUGCAGCACCACAGGCUGCAGUAUGCACAGCAUAGAACUCUGACUACGGUUUGAGGCCCUGAAAAGUUUUUAACCCACCUGUCCAAUAAUGUUUAAUGCCCUUUUAUUGCAUUGGCUCUGACACUUUUCUUCCCAGAAAUUGCAGGAGUUUAACUGCAACACCGUUGCAAAAAACAAAGUCAAAAAACUGCCACCGCUCAUCAAGUGUUAAAGGAAUCAUGUAAAAAUCCUGCUCACUGCUCUCAUAGAAAGUCAAGUUCCACUCUCUCAGCUAAAGGCUGGACCUUAUAUUUGCAUUUUUUUCCUUUCAGACAUUUAUUUCUGUAAAUGUCUUGCUGGACUUUGACACACUUGAUUGAUUCUUGUCCUGCAUGAGCAGUGUCAGAUUUUUGUUGUAUCUCUCAAAACUUUUCGGAACGCUCCAGUUGUCUGGAGGAAGUUUGGAUUUUCAUACCUUUCCUUUUUUUUCUGCCAAAAGGUUCAUCGGCAUCCUGCGACGACUGGGCACAUACACAGAGGGUCACUGUAAAUAGAUGCGUGUACAUUUGAAAAUACAAUGGGGAUAUACUUUUUUCUUACAUGGCACUGUACAAAUUAUUUUAAAUAUAAAAAAAAAACAAUGCCUAGUUUACAGUUAUACCGAAGAGAUACCUUUUAUGCUUUUGCACCAUAGGAAACCCCUCUGACUGUUUUUCCCACUUAUUUUCCCUUUUGAAAUUGUUUAAAAACGGCACAGCCAAAAAUACUGGCCUAAGCGGUUGAGGAGUAUGCGGCCAGCUCAGGCCAACAUGAGGUCGUCACGUCUCAGAAUUGUUGCUGAACUACAAUCCUAACCUUCUCACAUGUCCUUCAUUGUUCCUGCAUGUCCUCCGCUGCCUUUAGGUUGUUCUGGUGAAGUUGGACAAACUCUUCUUACUGACAACAGAAAAGAAAACGUUUUUUUAGCAAUUUUUUUUAGCAAUUUGAAGGAAAGUUCUACUCUGAUUUGAACAGAUUUCAUUUGGCAUGCGUCGAGAAUAUUGGCGUGUCCGAACGGGUCAGUGUUUUUUUCUAUUCUUUUAUUUUCAAAAGUCAGUUUUGAAACAUUAGCAUCAAUUAGGAGAGCAUCUAUCCUGGAGGGUAUUUUCUUUAGUUUUUUUUAAAUAUUCAGCAGUCACUCCAUCUAGUCUCAGGCCAUGUAUAAGGACUGUACAGUGUUAAAGAAAAGUCUACACACGUUUUUUGAAAUGUAAAUCCCUGACACCAAAAUAUUUAAUUUCAGAGAUUAAUCUCCCUUAAAGGAGACCUCUGCGUCUUUACAUUUACUUGAAAACAAACUGAAGUUGGUGGGAAAUAAACCAAAAUGAACAGCACAUCUUGACUUUGCACUAUGUACCCACUUCUCAACACGAGCUCCCCAAAAUUUCAAAGUAUCACAGUUCUCCACAGGUCACUGAUCUUUGUUGGAUUCAGAAUUACAGGUUUGGUGUUAUACCCAUGAGAGGCAGAAAGAGCCUAUAAAUCAUGUGAUUGGUUAUUUACAAACACAUAAUUGGUCAGAAUACAAAUGGAGAUAUUUAGAUGAGUAUUAUCCUGUUGGCAGUUUUUAAAAGAAGUACCAAAUAUGUAGACUUUUUAUAUGCACUGCAAGCAGCUGACAUCAGAAAAUCCCAAGACAUGACUUUACUGCAAAGCUCAACUACAAUGUCUUGUUGAAGAGGCUGGAACUCCUGUUACUCUGUGAAGCAGAUAGUAACUGCAGUGAUUCUAUCCUGAAGGACAAAGCUGUAAAUGCUGCUUCAAUUUUAAAGAAGUGUGGUGUUGACGUUUCAAAGACCGCAGCUCAAGUCUCUUCCAGACCCUCGAGCAGAACGACAAAGUUAUCAAGCAAUCUUUACAUCCCAGUGAAUUUCCACUGACAAAAUAAUCAAAAAGUGCACUCAAAGGGUCAAGCAAACUCACACAUAACCAUCGUAUUUACAUGUAAAUAGUGGAGUCCUGGAUGAAAGCGCGGUCUUGUUUCAUUGAAGUACACCGUAGAUGGCUGCAUCUAUAUUUUAAGGAAAAAAAGCCCUGCCCCAAUUUCUCCGUCUUCCUGGUGUUCCACUCUGUAAAAUGAUUGCACGAUGACAAUAUUUAAAAAAAAAAAAAA